AAUUGAAACAAUUUAUAUCUAACUAUAUUGAAAUAAAAUUUUCAAACUAUUUCUUUGUACUGAAUUUUUUUUCGUAUAUUUUGGGAUUAUUACCAAAUAAAAUAUUUUAAACUAACUUUUAUAAAAGCGUUUAAAACGUUUGUAUAACACAGAUAAUGAAGUUUCUAUUUUAAUUACAACUAUAACUGAAUCACGUGUACUGCAAUAGCCAUGCCCUCGGAUACCCAGAAUUGCUCACCUAAGCCGAUAUUUAAAGGAUUGACAAAAUUAUUUCUGAAAGCUUUUGGCACGAAGAAAUUGCCAGCGGGAUACGUGAAAGGAGACGGUUAUGGUCCAAAGACGAAGAAACAACAUUUCGCCAAGUUAUUUACUCAAUUCUACAUUCUUAUAUUGCUGGCUAUUAUAUGUGUUUUUGCUUUUCUCCUGAUGAUUAUACUCUUGUUGUGGUAUUGCAACAGAGACAAAUAUAAAUCAGAGCCAUGUAGGAACCCAAAAUUAUGUACUAGAUUACUAACUUCAUUGCUUCUACUGUCGCUUAUAUUGCUAGCACUCUUCCUUUUUAUUACUUUCAAUAACCUUUUGCAUCUAAAUAAAUUAUAUAAUAAAUCAAAUAAUGAAUCAAGAACUUCUGAUGGCGGGAUAAUUAAAGAUGUCAACGAAAUCCUUGGCAAGGAUUUUAGAGACUUAACAAAUACAUCAUUAUUUAAAUGCAGAAGAUCUCCGUCACUGACAGAUGUUUAUCCUGAAACAACAAAAGCGCGAAAAGUUUCUAUCGCCGAUCGUCAAAUGUUCGAACAUUUCAGAACAACAUCAAUCGAUCCAAUUUUCCCAAAUAUUUUACUGUAUGAUGAUUUAUUUCGCAUGUUUUCCCGAAAUUUUAGUGCCUUUUAUGCACCAUUAGAAUUUGGAAAGAGUCUUGUUUCUAAAACCAAAUCUACUCUCUAUAAUGAUCAAAUAUUUUCAUUACACAAAUGGGGAGAACUGUAUCAUUCUGCAAGCGCAAUUAAAUAUUUGAUGAAUUAUUAUAAAGAUACGGCGCGGUCGGACGAAGUACGGUCACAUGUCUGCAAUCUAAUCCGGAAAUACUUUACUACAUUAGCUUCGUAUGCCAAAGUGCAGAAGAGUUAUCUCAACAGAAAGAUUGAAACGUAUUACCUGAGCAGAGAUUCGGUCAUAGCGCCACCAUACAUAUUUGGUCAAAUAGUGUGCAUUAUGGCGAUUGUGAUUCUUGUGGUGUUUCUCUUAUUCUUAAUGUGUACAUUGUGUAUGAAAGGCCAUAUAAUGAUUAAGGCACUGUUAUUUAUUUUCAUAAUUCUCACACUGCUUUUAAUUCUGAUGUCGUUUGUUACAUUUUACCAUUUCUUCUAUGGAGUUAUUGAAUAUAAUGGAUUCUGUCGUAUAAGGGGAAAUUCAACCAGAAAAGAUUCUUUCAAUCACGUGAUGUUAACAGAAUGCACCAACGACCAGAAUUUAUAUACAUUACUGUCAAAACAUAAUUUGAUUGUACCAUUUUCCAAGUGGAUUGAUCUAAAUGGAACAAAUAUAAUGAAAACCUGCAAAGACACAUGCCGGCCCUUGAACAUGUCGAUGCUACAGGAGUUACGUCCAAAAGUUCAGGGUUUUCCGAUCAGUAAUCAAUUUUGUAAAUUUAAACCGGUCACUUCAACGUGGAUUAUAUAUAUACGUUUAUCACAUAUGUAUUAUGCCUCGAAAAAAAAUCGAUAUUACAUGAUUGACGGCAACCCAGCAUUAACUUAUUACUACAAACGUGUUAACUCCACACUUUGCCUUUUGGAUUUAGCAAGGCAGGCAUACAAUUUUCGCCCAAGUGUCAAUAGAACACAAUAUUUGAAAUGCAGAGCUGCUUACAAAGUUGGUAAAGAUUUCCACACGGUCUUUCCGAAUUCCAUUACGGAAGCGGGAACUAUGUGUGAUAAGACUACCAGUAAAUGUAAAGACUUUCACGAUCAAAAUAUACCAAAAAUCGUUGCUGAUGUAACUAAAUAUAAAGAAAAUGCUGAAGUCAGACUUAAGAAGGCGCUGGGAUCAUGUGCAAAUGUUCUUCCUAUAGUUACAACAAAACAAAAAAAAUCAUGUGAUUGCGAAACGUAUAUACUGAACGGUGUCUGGGUUGGUGGUUUGCUGUUCGUACUAACUUUGUUAUUGGCGCUACUUUUGCUGACCUGUUUAAUAUGUAAACUAGAAAGAUGUAGAGAUCCUUAUGGGGAUGGAAGACGCAGAGGAAGGCGUAGUCUUGGAAGGCUGCAUGAUGCCUCCGCGGAGUCGAUACUACUGCCGGCGAUAACAUUACCAAGACGUGUAAUAGAUUCACUAGAGGAUGACGAAAAUCCCAGCGUUACCUACCACGUAAAGAAACUAAAUUAAUUGCCGGAUAUUUUUAUAUUUUAUAUUAACAUAAAUAUUAAAUAUUAAAUCCGCUGAUGAGCGGAACUUCUAAAAGGU